CCCUCCAAGCCCUCGGGUCCACUGACCGACCUCCCCCAAGAGGCCAGGCCCCUGUCUCCUCCAAGCCCCCGGCUCCACCGGCUGACCCCCCACCUGCCCCAGGACGCCGGACCCCUGCCUCCUCCAAGCCCUCGGGGCCACCGACUGACCUCCCCCGAGAGGCCGGACCCCCGUCCCCUCCAAGCCCUCGGGUCCACUGACUGACCUCCCCCAAGAGGGCAGACCCUUGUCCCCUCCAAGCCCUCGGGUCCACCGACUGACCCUCCAUCUGCCCCAGGAGGCCGGACCCCUGUCCCCUCCAAGCCCCCGGGUCCACCGACUGACCCUCCACUUCCCCGAAGAGGCCGGACCCUUGUCCCCUCCAAGCCCUCGGGUCCACCGACUGACUUCCCCCAAGAGGCCGGGCCCCUGUUCCCUCCAAGCCCCCGGGUCCACUGGCUGACCCUCCACUUCACCCAAGAGGCCGGACCCUUGUCCCCUCCAAGCCCUCGGGUCCACUGACCGACCUCCCCGAAGAGGCCGGACCCCUGUCCCCUCCAAGCCCUCGGGUCCACUGACCGACCUCCCCGAAGAGGCCGGACCCUUGUUCCCUCCAAGCCCUUGGGCCCACUCACUGACCCCCUCCCAAGAGGCCGGACCCUUGUCCCCUCCAAGCCCUCGGGCCCACUCACUGACCCCCUCCCAAGAGGCCGGACCCUUGUCCCCUCCAAGCCCUUGGGCCCACUCACUGACCCCCUCCCAAGAGGCCGGACCCUUGUCCCCUCCAAGCCCUUGGGCCCACUCACUGACCCCCUCCCAAGAGGCCGGACCCUUGUCCCCUCCAAGCCCUCGGGUCCACUCACUGACCCUCCAUUUGCCCCAGGAGGCCGGACCCCUGUCCCCUCCAAGCCCUCGGGUCCACUGACCGACCUCCCCGAAGAGGCCGGACCCCUGUCCCCUCCAAGCCCUCGGGUCCACUGAACUGCCCCUGUAAGAGGCCGGACCCCUGUCCCCUCCAAGCCCUCGGGUCCGCUGAACUGCCCCCGUAGGAGGCCGGACCCCCCGUCCCCACCAAGCCCCCGGGUCCGCUGGACCGACCCCCGCCCGGAGAGGCCGGACCCCGUGUCCCGGUGGAGCCAGCCCCCCUCGAUCCGCCGACAGACCAGAGUCCAUGUGUCGGCGCCCCCCGGCCUGCUGAGCGACCUCCCCGUUGGCCCGGCCCCCCCCGUGCCGCGCGACAUGUCCCCCACCAUCUCCCCCAAGGACGGCGGCCGCCAGCGCCGCCCGGGCCCCCUGGCCCACUCCCCGGACCCGAAGAGCGAGGGCCCCGCCGGCCCCGGCCCGCCGGGCCCCGGCCCCGCGCCCCGCGGCUACCGGGAGGAGCUGGGCAGCAUCCUCCUGCUGCUGUUCCUCUACGUGCUGCAGGGCAUCCCCCUGGGCCUGGCGGGCAGCAUCCCCUUCAUCCUGCAGGGCCGGAACGUCAGCUACACCGACCAGGCCUUCUUCAGCUUCGUCUUCUGGCCCUUCAGCCUCAAGCUGCUCUGGGCCCCCUUGGUGGACGCCGUCUACUUCAGGGGCUUCGGCCGCCGCAAGUCCUGGCUGGUCCCCACGCAGUACGUCCUGGGGGUCUUCAUGAUCUACCUGUCCACCCAGGUGGACCUCCUGCUGGGGGGCCAGGACGGGAGGGCGGCCCCCGACGUGGUGGCCCUCACGGUGGCCUUCUUCCUCUUCGAGUUCCUGGCCGCCACCCAGGACAUCGCCGUGGACGGCUGGGCGCUGACCAUGCUGUCGCGGGAGAACGUCGGCUACGCCUCCACCUGCAACUCCGUGGGCCAGACGGCCGGCUACUUCUUGGGCAACGUCCUGUUCCUGGCCCUCGAGUCCACGGACUUCUGCAACAGAUACCUGCGGUUCCAGCCUCAGCCCCGGGGGAUCGUCACUCUCAAAGAUUGGUUUCUCAGCAGCGGAUGCUGUAACGGGACUGAAGCUGGUAGAAGAAGGCGUGCCCAAGGAACAUUUAGCUCUGUUGGCCGUGCCCAUGGUUCCCUUACAGAUCAUACUGCCUCUGAUCAUCAGCAAGUAUACCGCGGGGCCAAAGCCACUGAACACAUUUUACAAAGCCAUGCCCUACAGGUUACGUUGUACAGCAUGUACGUUGCCAUAAUGGCUUUCAACGCCAAAGUUAGCGAUCCGCUAAUCGGAGGCACGUACAUGACCCUUCUGAACACCGUUUCCAAUCUGGGCGGAAAUUGGCCUUCCACAGUGGCUCUUUGGCUGGUGGAUCCUCUUACAGUGAAAGAAUGUGUGGGCGCAUCAACUCAAAACUGUGGAUCUUCUGAUGCUGUUGAACUUUGCACAAAACUGGGUGGUUCUUGUGUUACUACUCUGGAUGGCUACUAUGUGGAAUCUAUUAUCUGUGUCGUCAUUGGAUUCGGUUGGUGGUUCUUUCUUGGUCCCAAAUUUAAGAAGUUGCAAGAUGAAGCGCCGUCUUCGUGGAAGUGCAAGAGGGUCAAUUAACACAACUUCAAACCUGGACAUACUAGGAAGAGUCCAGUGGUUAAUUUUUUUUUGUGCAGCACCUAGGAUAAUCAGUCCACAAGAUAUCCUUUAAAAUUGGAGAACCGUUCACUUCUGAAAAUGCCAAAUGGUUGGAAGAACAGACCUCUAUAAAAAGUUUCUUUUGUGUCUUACUGUUUCAGUGUAUUUAAAGCCUAGUUAAGGUCAGAAAAUUGGUUCUAAAAAUAGCAACUUCAUACUGGGAAUUCAGCUUCUCUGCCCCUUUUCUCCAGUCAUCUAUCUUUCGUUUGCUUUUUUCCUGACGAAAAACACGUUUUAAGCUACGGAAGAGAUCGUCACGCCCCAGGUAUUGGUAGCAACAGUGUCUGCUAACGUGUAAAUUCUGUUUUGGGUUUUUUGUUUCUGUUUCCUUUUUUUUUUUUUUCCAUUUUAGUCAGGAGUAAGAGGACAGCGUAAUAUCCCAACCCUAGGUUGACUUAAUGAUGACCGCCGAGUCGUUUAGUUUUGAUCGGUAAACAGUAAAUUUAUGGGGAUGUUGAUGAGAGAAGGCUAGAGGCAGAAUAGUAAGAUGCCAUUUUAGUUGACACUUUUCUGACCAUAACCACAUUUUAAGUGGACUUGUGUAUUCAAAAGACUCUUUAAAAUGUAUUUUCUGGCUUUUGUAAGCAUUAAAGAUUUAUAAAAAGAUGAAACAAAUAUUUUUUUAUAAAAUGAAAGUCAUGCCUUUUAA